UUCAAACCACGCUGCUUCCAGUCAGUCCCUGCUUGUUUAGCUGCCCUCCCUUUCACUCUGCCCUGUGACUCUCAUGCUGCUGAGCGGAACCUCGUCUGCUUCAACGAGUGGUCUCCAGCAGCAGCCAGCAGAGUCCACAAGAAGUACCCGAGGGGACUCCACUCGGGGCAGCAUCAGCAGCAGAGGAAGCUCCCCACCAGCUGCCAGCACGGGACAGCAAUGCGCCGGCAGUAUGGCCAAAUGGAUCAAGGAGCACCUGGGGUUCAAAAGCUCCAAGCCGCCACCUCCUGCCCCUCCUAAACCGGAUUAUAGGCAAUGCCAGGCUGGGGGAGCCUUAAUGCACCAUCACCACCAUAUGCACUCUACUACACCCCAGUUCCCUGUCACUCCCGCAGGUCAGCCUGAUAUAUUAGCCGCAUACAAACUGCAAAAGGAGAGAGACUUUGAGGAUCCUUACACUACUACUGGCAUGACAGCUUCUAAUGCCUCGCUGACUAACUCAACUGCACCCCAAGGAGCCCCUAAUACUUCUACUGCCCAAUCCCCCUCCUCACCCUCUCCAUCUCCAGAUGUUAAGUAUGUGUCUCCCAAGCACAGACUCAUCAAAGUGGACACUGUAGAGAAGGGAUGUUCCAGCCCCACAAGUAGCACCAACCCUGUGACCGCCAAUAGCACAAUUACUAGUGGAGGAAUGAAAUCUCCCCCAGCCACAUCAGUGGUGCUCCAACCUGAGGAAAGUAAACAGGACAAAGUCACCAUUCUUGAAGACUAUGCAGAUCCCUUUGAUGCUAAAGAGACACCAGGAAGUCAGGCUGCACCAGAGAAAGUUUCUGAAAAUGAUGGAUAUAUGGAACCAUAUGAAGCUCAAAAGAUGAUGGCAGAAAUACGUAGACGAGGAUCUAAGGAGCUUCCAUGUAAACCCACUCCACUUGUAUGACACUCCAAUGAGCCUUCAGAAAAUGGGUUAGAGUCUGAAGGUGAGAAACCUAUGUGCCAGCGACCACGAGAGUCUAGACUGCCACAGGAUGAUAGAAGGCCGCCAGAAGAGUAUGAUCAGCCAUGGGAAUGGAAGAAAGAUCGAAUCUCAAAGAGCUUUGCAGUUGAAAUUAAAGUAAUCAAAGAUCUUCCCUGGCCACCACCAGUGGGGCAACUUGACAGCACUACAACCAAUCAAGAGAGUGAUGUGAGUGCUUCAUACUCCCAGCAGCAGCAGCCACCAUCCUCCCCACACUUACCAUCACAGAGCAGCCUGGAAGACACCAAUGCCCAGUUUGAUGGUGCUGACAAAACAGGCUUGUCGCCAUCCAAAGAGGACAAACUCAGACACACCCACAGACAUUCAGCUGGAAACUUGAAAGCAGCCAAGCACCCAAGUGUAGAUCAUACCAACUCAGUGGGAGAAAGGAUAGAUCCUUCACUACCUUUAGAAAGUCAAUUCUGGUACCAUGGUGCAAUCAGCCGAACUGACGCCGAGUGCCUCCUGAGGCUGUGUAAAGAAGCAAGCUACCUGGUGCGAAACAGCGAGACCAGCACGAUUGACUUUUCCUUAUCUUUGAAGAGCAACCAAGGAUUCAUGCACAUGAAGCUUUCCCGUACCAAAGAAAACAAGUAUGUGCUUGGACAGAAUAGCCCACCCUUCGAGAGUGUACCAGAAAUCAUCCAUUACUAUGCCAGUCGAAAGCUGCCUAUCAAGGGAGCAGAGCACAUGUCCUUGCUCUAUCCAGUAGCAGUUCGGACUCUAUAACAUUCCUGGCGUUUACUAGAGCAUGGAUCUUCCUUAUGAUGCCAACAGACUAAACAACAUGGACAAUCGAUAGCCCUCAAAGCACCAAGCAGGAUACUGCCGGUCUUUUUCCCAUAUAUAUAUUUGACUAAACCGUGAACACUAAACCAACACAAGGAGUCCUAUAUUAAUAAACUGACUGAAAUACAAAAAAGGUCUUUUUAUAACCUCUUGUUUUCAUUUAUUGCAAAGGAUGAACAAAAAGAUUUAAUAUUGGUACAUUUGAGUGAAUUUUAUAAAACCUUUUAACUUCCCUUGUGGUAAUGUACUUUCUAUUUUAUGGUGAUCCAGAUCCAUCUGAAAGGGUUUAUGAUGCAAUGUAGUCAAAUAUUAAAAAUAUUCUGGGGCUGUGUGUCCCAAAUGUUGCAAUACUGUAUACUAUAAGUGCUUGUUAUUUAAAAUAAACUUUAUUUCCCUUUA